AUAAUACUCCUGUCGUGGAGUCCCACGAAUUCUAUGUUGGAGAGCGCGGGACUUUGCGUGUUGGCGCGAAUACGUUAUAAGAGAAGAGAACACGAUAAGAGUACGAAUCGUGAGAGACACCAGGUAAUGGUUGUCUGCCUGCAUGUAAGAUGAUGUGGAGCAAGGUCGGUAAGUCCCUGAUGGCUUAGUUAAGUGAAGUGCGACAAGGCUCUUGAGAUAUCAUGUAUUAUGUUACACGUUGUACAGCAUGAGGUACAAAGUAGUGUCAUUGAAUGUAAUAAUUGUCACAGUGGUUCUGAGCAUUAAGUUACCUCUCACCAAGUUUGACGGGUGCUCUGGGAUCAGCACUAGGGUGAAGUGGACGCACUUACCCAUGAGCUAGGUGGCGUGGAUCGCAACGUCCAGCCAGCCUAGAAGCGAGUUUAGGGGUGGCCACCCAAUCUUGAGUAGGGGGACUAGCAGUACGGGCUCUUCGCCGUACAUGUUCCCCUAGUAAUCCUAUCUGGGCGAGAUUCUGAUGGAUUCGCAUGAGCAGAUAGUGGGUGGUGAGAGGCAGGGAGGUAAAGGCGGGUUGUAGGGGUGUUGAGGAGACCCGAGGGGGCCCAGCCCCAUGUACAUGAGGAGAUGCUCAGUUACUGCCUAACGGGUAAGAGGAUCCAAUGUUGCAAGCCUCACCAGUACAUGGAAGUAGCCAAUGCUGGUAAGGUGGAUCCAACGGGUACGAGACCCGGGCCCGUGCGGAGAGUAAUGCGGUCUUCUACCGUCCAUCAGUCGAAGAUGGCUCUCAGAUGAAACAUAGAUAGUUGAAGUAUCUAUGUCGGACGCGUUAGAAUAUGUAGCUUAUAUCAUUAAUGAGAUACAUAUGUGAUAUCUCAUGACCACUGAAUUGUCCCUUCAAAGUUUCUAUAAUCUUCAAUUAUUGUUGUAACUUAUGUGACGGUAUAGUAAUAUACUUGUUAGUAAGUGUUAUUAUCAUAAACGCCGCCACAUAAUUUGGUGGAGGUGCUGGGACCUAUAACCUCUAGGAAGCGAAGCAAAGCAAUUAAAAAAAAAAAAAAAAAAAUGAAAUUGUGUGAGAUGUAUUUUCAUAAGUCUACAAAAAAUUAUUUCGUUCUGGAAUACUAAAUUGCAUUUUUAUUUCCUUUAUGUACCCCUAAUAAAUAAUUAUAAAUUAUUCCGAGUUUUAUUCACUGUUUUGAGCAUUUUAUUUUUGGCUCAAAUUAUUAUUUACGGUUUUUUGUUUAAACGUUUGCGUUUUACGUUACGUUCUAUGGCGCCAUAGACUAUAGGGGGUUGCGUUUUUUUGUUUUACGAGUGCGGUACCACGUACGAUUUUUGUUUAAAAAUCGAUUCAUUUAUUCGGUACAAAAUAUUUUUAUAAAUAUAUUUUACGUUGUGUUAUAUAAUAAACUAAGAUUAAAUAUUAUUUUCGAAUUAAACUUACGUUUACAGUUAUUUUUAAGAAGGUUGAUAAGUGUUGUUUGUUUUAUAAAAGUGUUUCAAUCGGUCUACGAGUGAUCGAUUCUUUUUAUCGAUAAUAAUUUUCGUAAGAACGCUCAUCACUUAGUUACCGCCUUUUUCGUUGUUGAAGUUGAAAAUUUUCUCGUCAAGGCAAAGUAGAAGUGAAAUCUGUUUUAAACGCUUUAAAUAUCAAUUUAAGUGCAUUGCAUUGAUUUUACAAAGUGUUGUUGUAAAGUAACUAGUUAGUGUAACACUUUUCGGCGUGGGGAGUGUGGUGUGAACCCCAAGAAAAUCGCCGUCCAUUUUGCGACGGCGUCAUAGAGGGCCGAACCUUCCCAGAGCCGACCUAUUGUGGAACUCGUAAGGAGUUUAUACAGGAUUUACCGACCCAGGAUAUGACUUGUGAUAAGUAUUUCACACCUAAACUACGUUAAAUGAAAGUUUGAAGACUAUGGAUAAAUUAAUGAAGGAGCGCCUCUCGUUACGAGACGAGCAACUCAAACAACUUUGUGCUGCAGCGACCGACAUCACGAACCGUGCGCAGACAGAAGGCGUGUCUUUAGAAGAACUUACAACAGUAAAAGUUAAACUUAUGACAGCAACCAAAAAGUUUGAAGAAGAUUUCUUCAAGUUAAUAAAAUGCUCCCCGAAUCUCGACAUAAAGGAACAAGAAAGGUGUACACUUAACCAAAUGAAAGCAGAAGACUUAUCUGCCGAAUUGGAGACAAUCUACCAACUAACCUGUCAAAAAAGAACUUGUAAUGAAACCCAAAUAAUGGGAACCAAACUGCCGAAACUGGAACUCAUGAAGUUUAACGGAGAUGUCUUGAAAUGGCAAGAGUUUUGGGACAAGUUCGAGUCUAAUAUCCAUAACCAACCAUUGAAUAAGGCUGACAAGCUCUCCUAUCUUUUCUCAUCUCUUGAAGGUAAGGCCUUAGAUACUCUGAGAGGAAUUGACAUUACAAAUAAUGGUUAUGAUGUGGCUGUAAACAUUCUUAAAGAUAGAUUCGGAGACAAAAGCCUUGUGGUUGAUGCCCAUUAUGAAGCACUGUCAAGACUGCCACAAUCAUCAAAUGACUCCUUACGUUCAACAUUAGAUGCAAUUGUUAAACAUAUACGCAUCCUUGACUCCCUAGGAGAAGACACUAAAGGAAAUAAUCUAAGGAGCUUGAUUUGCUCAAAGUUUCCAAAUAGUAUAAUUUAUGAGCUAAACCUAAUUACACCCAAGAACAGGGAUCUAGAUACCACUGUGAAAGGUUUGGAAAAAAUUAUAAAUGCAAAAGAGAGAUCUGAAUUUAACAAUGUGCUGGAUGUGCCAGACGUGCCAGACUUUAAGGAAUUGGGUCACUCUACAGAAGCUCUUCAUGUGAAACCAGUUCUGAAGAGAAAGCCUAUUCACCAUGGAUACAACAUACACCAUAGCCGGCGUAAACCAGAAUGUGCUUUCUGUAAAGGAGCUCAUUACAGUGAAGACUGUAAGGAGUAUAAAACAUUUUAUGAUCGUCAGAAAGCAUUGAAGUACAAAUGCUAUAGAUGUUUUAAACAUGGACACCCAUUUAGAAAUUGUAGCCUGAGAAUACCAUGUCACCACUGUCAAGGCAAUCAUAACAGAGCCAUGUGCCGUAAGAUACUUCAGCAACAUACAUCAAUGAAGAAAUCUGAAAAAACAAAGACAAUUGAAAACGACGAUAAUGACAAGAGUGAGGAGUAGAGAUGGUGAUAUACCAGCAUAGCUUCUAUUGAUUUGUGAGAGCCAGAGAAGCUAUAUAACAUCAAACUUACUUAUUUAUAAAGAUUUAUUUAAGACAAAUUACUUAUUUAUUAUUUUUGGCCUCAACUCACCAACAGAGAUCAUCAGUCUUUCAGUUGAAAUAACUUUAACCACUAAGAGAGGUACAGAAUGUUGAAUUUCUAUAUUGUAUCACACAUGGAAUCCAGCUGACAGUUUUAUUUGCCAAUGAAAGUACAGAGGUCCCUCCAUGAUAGAGGAUUUGACGGCAUUGCUGUUGAAGUUCAGAAUGGGAAAAUAAAGUUGCAGAUAGAUUUUAUAUUGACAAUCCAGCCUAGCCUGCUGCCUGCCUGCUGUCUGCUGCUGCCUAGCUUAGCCUGGUAACAAGAUGAAGCACUACUUGAACUUUAUAAAGAAACCAUAGAGACAUUCGAUAGUUUAUCAAUAACAAGCGAAAAUAUUUGUGGACUGAUAGUAUGACCAUCCACUCUUAGAUGAAAACCUCAAGACUAUAGUCUUCUUUUCGGUUUGGGACUUGUAAUCAAAAUAAAACAGAAUAAGAACUUCGAUUUACGUUACGUAUCAACUGCCCCACCGCUGUCGCGACAUGUCCUGACAGUGUAAAGUUAAAAAAGGAAUUAUAGUUCUCUGGACCAACAUUUUAUAUGAGAGGUGAAACGGAAUGGCCUAUUCUGUAAUGAUGAAAGUGCACCUUCGUUGGCUGAGGAGGGUCUGAUGAUAUCAGAGGAUCCUGAAAUGGCUGGGAAAGGUUAUGAAGACUAUUUUUUGACAUGCAGCUUCCUGAGCAAAAUACGAAUGAAGUAGAGACAUCUAUGAAAGAAAUAACAGAUAUACAAACAAGUACUUCCCUGAUGAAGUAGCUGGGAAACGAAAAGACUGUCUCAGACAUUUAGUUUGAUUCAUAAAAUGUAUUGGAUACCCCAAGGGAGAGCUCAAGUAGUAAAUCGUAGUGGAGGCCCAUAUGAGUUAUAUGAUGCAACGGUUUCCCAGUAGAGAGAGUUACCUUUAGUGAACAAUUCACAAUUCCAGGAAUGGAUUACUUUGGUCCUAUCAUUCUUGAAGUUUCUAAAAAAAGGAUAAGAGAUAGAUCUGUCUUUUCACUUGCCUAGAUGUAAAAGCAAUCCAUUUACAGGUUGUUAACGAUAUAACCAUAAAAGAAUGUCUAUUCGCCGAGAUACAAUUUGUUGCAUGUUGAGAAAUGUCAUGGUUAUGUCCAAUAAUGAUACACAAUUUAAAUUGAAAUUUUAUGGAAACGUCAGUGUGUGAAGAGCAACAUUAAAUAGAAAUUUAUUCCUCUGUUACCGCCAUAGCACGGUGGCGUCUACGAAAGACUAACUACCUUAAUCGAAAGAGUACAGACAGUAAAAAAAAUGCAUUGACCAAGUACCAAAAGGGCGAGAAACAGCAUUUGAAGUUGAGACUCCUGAAGUUCCCCGUGAUAGUUGUAGAAAGCGAAGUAAAUGGUCUUUACAAGAUCCUGACAUCAACAGGAUGUGGAUAUAGUUGAAGGGAGUUCCCUUUUUCGAGGAAUCUAUCGAAAUGUAUGCAUCUGAGACAGACCAGGUUACUAAUAGAGUAACAGAUGGUAGAGUCAGAGGAGAGACUACCAUCCGCGCACGAGAAAGGUUCGCGGAGUGGAUUCUACAGCUUUUCGUUCUUCUUUUGCCGUCGGGAGUGUCGUGGAGUCCCACGAAUUCUAUGUUGGGUGAGUGACUGAUUAUAUGCAAUUACUGUGACAUCACUGAUAAAAGAAAAAUAAGGGAUCAUAGUCUAUGGUUUUAAUGUUUUUUAGAGAGCGCGGGACUUUGCGUGUUGGCGCGAAUACGUUAUAAGAGAAGAGAACACGAUAAGAGUACGAAUCGUGAGAGACACCAGGUAAUGGUUGUCUGCCUGCAUGUAAGAUGAUGUGGAGCAAGGUCGGUAAGUCCCUGAUGGCUUAGUUAAGUGAAGUGCGACAAGGCUCUUGAGAUAUCAUGUAUUAUGUUACACGUUGUACAGCAUGAGGUACAAAGUAGUGUCAUUGAAUGUAAUAAUUGUCACAGUGGUUCUGAGCAUUAAGUUACCUCUCACCAAGUUUGACGGGUGCUCUGGGAUCAGCACUAGGGUGAAGUGGACGCACUUACCCAUGAGCUAGGUGGCGUGGAUCGCAACGUCCAGCCAGCCUAGAAGCGAGUUUAGGGGUGGCCACCCAAUCUUGAGUAGGGGGACUAGCAGUACGGGCUCUUCGCCGUACAUGUUCCCCUAGUAAUCCUAUCUGGGCGAGAUUCUGAUGGAUUCGCAUGAGCAGAUAGUGGGUGGUGAGAGGCAGGGAGGUAAAGGCGGGUUGUAGGGGUGUUGAGGAGACCCGAGGGGGCCCAGCCCCAUGUACAUGAGGAGAUGCUCAGUUACUGCCUAACGGGUAAGAGGAUCCAAUGUUGCAAGCCUCACCAGUACAUGGAAGUAGCCAAUGCUGGUAAGGUGGAUCCAACGGGUACGAGACCCGGGCCCGUGCGGAGAGUAAUGCGGUCUUCUACCGUCCAUCAGUCGAAGAUGGCUCUCAGAUGAAACAUAGAUAGUUGAAGUAUCUAUGUCGGACGCGUUAGAAUAUGUAGCUUAUAUCAUUAAUGAGAUACAUAUGUGAUAUCUCAUGACCACUGAAUUGUCCCUUCAAAGUUUCUAUAAUCUUCAAUUAUUGUUGUAACUUAUGUGACGGUAUAGUAAUAUACUUGUUAGUAAGUGUUAUUAUCAUAAACGCCGCCAC